AUGAAUCACCGCCCGAUCCGGCUCCUACAUUUUCUACGCCAAUGUCUGAGUGCGGCUAAGGACUCGCUGACCCAGGUGAGUCACUCCAUCUCUAGCAAGCAGCUCCUAUUCUUUACCGAUCCUGUCACUCCCGGAUCUGUGUUCUUUCUUCCCCAUGGAACAAGAGUUUUUAACAAACUUAUCCUGUUUAUGAAAAACCAACAGCUCAAGUAUGGAUUCAAUGAAGUGAUAACUCCACUCAUAUAUAAGACCAAGCUCUGGAAGACCUCUGGUCAUUGGGAUAACUACAAAGAAGACAUGUUCAAGGUUGAGGGCAACGAUUCUUCCAAAGAGGAGGUAGUGGAGGAAGGCGAGAACCUUCAUGAGUACGGUCUCAAACCCAUGAACUGUCCGGGUCAUUGUCUUAUUUUCUCCAAGUUGGAAAGACUGUACCAAGAACUUCCAAUCCGCAUGUCUGACUUCCUGUCGUUGCAUAGAAAUGAAGCCAGCGGCGCUUUGUCUGGUUUGACAAGAGUUCGUCGUUUCCAUCAAGACGACGGACAUAUAUUCUGUGAACUUCAUCAAAUCAAUCAAGAGAUCGGUAGCACCAUAUCUCUCAUUAAGGACACCUACAACGUCUUUGGAAUUGACUCUGAGAAGAUCGAAUUUUUUCUCAGUACUAGGCCCGAAAAAUUCAUGGGCGAUGUUCUGACUUGGGAUAACGCUGAGGCUCAAUUGGCGCAAGUGCUUAACUCCACCGCAGGUGAGGGCAAGUGGCAGAUUCGCGAAGGAGAUGGUGCAUUUUAUGGACCUAAAAUCGACGUUUUGAUAACUGAUGCCUUUGAUAAGAAACAUCAGGUCGGCACAAUCCAGUUAGACUUUCAGCUACCAGCCCGAUUUGAUCUCAAAUAUAUCACAAGUGAUGGAAGUAGAGAUAAUCGCCCAAUUAUGGUUCAUCGGGCUGUUUUCGGGUCUCUAGAAAGAUUUUUUGCCAUUUUACUUGAUCACUAUCAGGGAAAAUGGCCCUUCUGGAUCAAUCCUCGACAAGCCGUGGUAAUUCCCGUUUCGGACAAGCACGCAGAAGCUGCCAAGCAAGUCCAAGCUCAAUUACAAGGCGAAAUUGUUGGAGGUGAUGCUGCUCUCGCUCCCUUGACAGGCUUUAACUUUUUUGUUGAUGUGGAUGCUCGUAGCGAGACCGUUGGAAAUAGAAUCAAGGAGGCCAUCCGUCAUGGAUAUUCAUACAUCGUCAUGAUUGGCGAUAAAGACAUUGAAAAGGGGACUGUGGCUGUCAGAUCCCGUGAUAGCCGACAGGUGGAGAAUGUGACUGUAAAUGACUUGUAUUCUCGCUUCGUUGAAUUGGAAAAGUCUUACAAGUAA